AUGGCUCCUCCUAAGAAGACUACAAAGAUGGAUUUAAACUCCUUCUUACAAGAUGACACUUUCGGUUCAUCUUGGGCGGAAGAAGACGUUGAUUUAAAUAAGAUUAGUAUUCCAAUCGAAAAUGUCGCAGCUAACACCAUUCCUUUGGAAGAAAUCGCCGCUGCUAAGAAAAAUGCAGGCAAUGCUUUUGCAGGUGGUAGAUCAAGAUUAGAUCCUGCUUUAGCGGGUGGUAGAAGAGAAUUCAACCGUGAAACCUAUCCAGUUCCUGAUGCUCCACCAUACAGAGCUAUUAUUAACAAUAUUCCAUGGGAUAUUUCUCCUGAAGGUGUUCAAGCUUGGUGUGAAGAUGGUUUACAAAAGGAAGGUGCUGUGGAAGAAGUUGAUUUACCAAGAAGUAUGAACGAUCCAUCCCGUUUAAAAGGUUUAGCCUUUGUCACUUUUAAGGAACGCGAAGAUUUAGAAAAGGCUUUGAAUUUCAACGGCACCAAAUUAAAUGAACGUACUGUUUACGUUUCUGUAGCAGCUCCAAGAAGAGGUGGUUUCAGAUCUGGUGGUGACGAUUUCGAUUGGGGUGCCGCCAGAGGCUCUCAAUAUCAAUCUUCAAGUGCCAGAGAAGAUCCAGAUUUAGAUUGGGGUGCUGCCAGAGGCUCCAAUUUCAGAACUGCUAGAGCUCCAAGAAGAGAUGAACCUAACUUAGACUGGGGUGCUGCUAGAGGCUCUCAAUACGAUCCAGCAAAGGAAGACAGAAGACCAAGAAGAGAAGAACCUAACUUAGACUGGGGUGCUGCAAGAGGCUCUCAUUUUGAAGAAAACAGAACCCAACAAAGAGAAGAAAGAAGGCCAAGAAGGGAAGAACCUGAAUUAGAUUGGGGUGCUGCCAGAGGUGCUCAAUUCAAUAAACCAAGAGAACCAAGAGAACCAAGGGAGCCAAGAGAAAACAGAAAGCCAGCCAGGGAUGAACCAGAAUUAGAUUGGGGUAAUGCCAGAGGUGCUCAAUUUGGUAAGCCGGCUACCGUCAAAAAAACAAUAAAUGUAGAAACUACCAAACAAGCUGAAGAAAAGCCAAAGAUUCAAAAAUCUGCCUUUGAUGUCUUACGUACUGAUGACGAUGAUGAAGAUGAAGAAGAUAAGCAAGAAGAAGAAAUAACUAAAGAGGAACCACAUUCUAUUGAAGCUUUAGCCGCUCAAACUGCAGGUUUAGCUGUUGACGAUAGUGAAUGGGAAACCGUUGGUAAAAAAUAA